UUCAAAAUUCACAAUUUCCAUUUUGCCAUGGCCAAAUAACAAAAAUAACAUUUGCAAACCAAACCAAACCGGGCCCCAUCUAAACACUAUCAAAAUUCUCCGUAAUGAAGUGAAAAAUUACUGUAAAUCUGAAUCAUGAGUGACGUGAAAGCCGUGAAGAGUAAGCAAAGUCCUGGUGUUAGUCCCAGGCAGAGUGCCGUGCCUGCACCAGCCAAAGGCAACUAUGUAUCCGUGAUAGACGAUGAAGAUGGAACUACACCCGAUUUCAUCUAUGGUGGGCCGUUUAUAAAACAGGUUAAACCUAGCAUGUUUUUGGACACUACAACUCCUAUAAAUCUACCUCUGCAGGGAACUUUCCGAAGGAGUUACGCGUACUACUCUCUGAAGGAAAGGUUACCUAUCAUAUUGACAAAAGUGAUUGAUUACUGUUCGAGAGAAGGUGGCACUAUCAAAACCCAGACGGGAGCUAACGACGGUGACCUCCAAAGCUACAUACAAUACGUGUCCAAAUUAAAAAACGAACUAGUGACAAACAAGAACUACAGUGAAUUCACAGUGAACACACCAGAGACAAAGAAAUGGAACGAAUGGAUAUAUAACGCAGACCCUCCUAACUACUUCGGAUAUACCUGGGCCUUCACCGAAUGCUAUGUUUACAGACGGCUGAGGGAAGCAUGCGAGCUUUACCCAUCUCUAAACAACUUCGACCCGUUCAAAGAGCAGAAGGAGUCUGGUUUCCAAGGCAACCUGGAGCCGAUGUGCGUGAUAGCCGACAGGAUGAUGGAGUCAAUGCUCAAUAAGGCAGAGAAACCUAAGAGGAAGGAGGACUUUGGGAUACUGCUCAAAAUAGCAGUAUGGGCAAACAGAUGCGACAUGUCGUUCUCUGCGGGUGACCAGGUAGCCAUGGCAAUGUACCCGCCGCCUCCGCCCCCGCCGCCGCCGCCGCCCCCUGGGGCUCCGCCUCCGCCACCGCCUAAGGGCAAGAAAGGCAAGGGCAAGAAGGGCGGAGCUCCGCCUGCGCCCUUAGAUCCAGGUUACUUGGAUCCAUUUGUGAUGAUCUUGAACUUUAAGGAAAGGUUAAUAGUCGACGAUUCAGGAAAGGCGUUUGAGAAUAUCACUAAUAAGGGCGACAAAAUGAGAACUGCUAUCGAAAAUAGUAAGACAGCGCCGUUCAAAGCCAAAUGCAGUUGUCAUAGAUUUGCGACUUUGGCCGGGGUACCGAAGUGCGAAGACCCGGCUCCGCCCCAGGCGCCGGCGGAGGCCGCAGAGGGUGCUCCAGCCGAGGAGGCUCCUAAGAUCCCCUGCCCCGCUAAGUACUGCAUACCUUCCUGUGUCUUUUUCGAUAUCGUUUGUGAUAACGCUGGAUUUGAGUUGUUCGCGGACAUGUGUUUAGCACAUUUCUUGCUAGCCCAAGGAAUGGUAAAUAAGGUGAGAUUCCACGUGAAGAAAUAUCCCUGGUUCGUGUCUGACGUCACUCCGCAGGAUUUCAACUACCUUAUAAGUGCUUGCAAGAAUGCAGCCUUCAGUAAAACUGUCGAGUUGAAACAAAUGCCGGGUCAGCCUGCGCCGGCGGAGGGCGAAACGCCCACCAAAAACAUAACUUCGGACAACCUCAGACAACUGGGGGAGGCUUGGAGCACCUACGUGAAUGAGGGGCAGUUUCUUGUGCUGUGUGACGAUUAUUGGACCUAUCCUCACCCGUACAGGGACAUGAAGCGACUCAUGCCAAAUAUGUAUCGUAAAUUGCAAACCGCCGUGAUGAUAUUGUUCAAAGGAGAUCUUAACUAUAGGAAGCUGGUUGGUGAACGCAACUGUGUCAACACUGUAGGCCUGGAACCUUCUAUGCAGGGCUUCAUCCCAGCUCCAAUAAUAGCCGCGCGGACAGUGAAAUCGGAAACAAUAUGCGGUAUGCCCAAGGGACGGUACGAGAUGCUCAAAACCAUUGACCCCAAGUGGAUGCAGAAGGGCGACUACGGGGUGGUCCAGUUCUGUGCGAAGGCGGAGCCGUUCAAGCCGGCCGCCUACCCGUGCCUCGACUACGGGGACACUUGCUUCGGAGUCACCUGCCCUGUCCAUCAAGAUAUAUGAUCAUAUUAAGGUCAUUUACAUACAAUUACAUCUAUACUAUCGAUAGCAUGGUAUAAUAAAACCAGUGGGCUUAGCACCGUAAGCGCGCGACUCUUUCUCGCUUCAACAUACGUCACCUGUCACUCUCUCAGAGUACUGCACAGAAAGAGACAGACGAUCUCUGUCGCGGCGAGAAAAAGUCGCGUGCUUACAGUGCUAGGCCCGCUGGUAUGCUCAAAAGUGACAGUUAACAUUUCACUCAGUUGCCAUUUUGUAAAAAAUAAAUUACCCACGACUUAUGUUUUUAAUUUACUUCGCAAG